AUGGCGGCUUGGUCGUGGUUGCCCCUGCUCGUCGCCGUCGCCGCCGCCGCCGCCGCACUUCGCGUUCAUGGCCAGGUCGCGCCUGACAGCACAGGGUUCAUAAGCAUAGACUGCGGCAUCCCGGAGAAGAGCAGCUACGUGGACGGCGCCACCAAGCUGCCCUACGUCUCGGACGCCGGCUUCACCGACGCCGGCGCCAACCACAACGUCUCGGCCGAGUACAUCAACCCGUCCUUCUCCAGGCGCUACCUCAACGUGCGCAGCUUCCCCGGCGCGCCGCGCAGCUGCUACACCCUCGGCUCCCUCACGCCGGGGUCCAAGUACCUCUUCCGCGCUGUGUUCAUGUACGGCAACUACGACGGGCUCAACAAGCCGCCGGUCUUCGACGUCCACCUCGGCGUCAACUACUGGACGACGGUGAACGUCACCGCCGCCUCCGCUGCGGUUCUGGCCGAGGCCAUCGCCGUCGUCCCGGACGACUCCGUGCAGGUCUGCCUGGUGGACACCGGCGCUGGGACGCCGUUCAUCUCCGGGCUGGACCUGAGGCCGCUGACGAGCGCGCUGUACCCGCAAGUGAACGCGACGCAGGGGCUGGCCGUGCUCGGCCGGCGCAACUUCGGGCCGACCAAUGCUACGCUGGUGGUCAGGUACCCGGAUGACCCGUACGACCGCGCCUGGACCCCGUGGAUCGACACGGAGGAGUGGUCGGAGAUCUCGACGACGGAGCAGGUGGGCGGGACGGCCAUGGCGCCGCCGUCUGCCGUGAUGCAGACCGCCAUCACACCCCUCAACGCCUCCAAGAACAUCGAGUUCUCGUGGGACGCCGUGCCGAACCACGUCUACCCCACGUCAGGGUACAUCUGCAUCUUACAUGUCGUGGAGUUGCAGAGUCUAGACGCGAAGGCGACGCGCCAGUUCUUCAUAACGAUCAAUGGCAGAACUUUCUACCAUCUCCCCGUAACACCGCACUACCUCUUCACCGAUACCUUCUAUAACACAGCGCCCCACUGGGGUUUCAACCAGUACAAAGUCACAAUGAACGCCACGGCGAACUCGACGCUGCCGCCGGUCAUCAGCGCCGCCGAGAUUUUCUCAAUCAUAUCUACAGCCAACGUUGGCACGUAUGGACAGGAUGUUUCUGCAAUUAUGGCGAUCAAGGACAACUAUCAGCUAAAGAAGAACUGGAUGGGUGACCCCUGCGUUCCGAAGACUCUUGCGUGGGAUGGGUUGAGCUGCAGCUAUGACACUUCCGGUCCUCCUAGAAUCAUAACUGUAAAUCUUUCAUCCAGUGGCUUAAGUGGUGCUACAUCAUUGUACUUCUCCAAACUCACAACAAUCCAGUACUUGGAUUUGUCGCACAAUAACUUGACAGGCUCAAUUCCUGACGUCCUUUCACAACUGUCCUCUCUGAAGGUUAUAGAUUUGACAGACAAUCAGCUUAAUGGAUCGAUUCCAUCCGGGCUUCUGAAAAGGAUUCAAAAUGGCUCCCUGAAGCUGAGGUAUGGAGACAACCCAAACCUUUGCAGCAAUGGAGAUUCUUGCCAGCUCACAAGAAAGAAGAUCAAUGCGGUAUAUAUUGCUGUUCCAAUAGUGAUACUUGUGGUGAUUGCAGCACUGGUACUAUUGCUUUGGUUACUGAGAAGAAAGAAAGAGAACAGUGUGAAGCCACAGAAUGAGGCGACCGACGCGCGGUCACGCUCCCAGAGUGGUAAUGGACAUGGGUUGCCGCAGCUUGAGAACCGCCGGUUCACGUACAAGGAGCUGGAGAUGAUCACGAAUAACUUCCAGCGCGUGCUUGGCCGAGGAGGAUUCGGGUCUGUCUACGAUGGCUUCUUGGAUGAUGGCACCCAGGUCGCAGUCAAGCUGCGGUCUGAAUCUUCCAAUCAAGGUGUCAGAGAGUUCCUGACAGAGGCUCAGACCUUAACAAAGAUCCAUCACAAGAAUCUUGUCUCCUUGAUCGGUUACUGCAAGGAUGGAGAGUACUUGGCACUUGUCUAUGAGUAUAUGUCAGAAGGAACCCUGGAGGACAAACUUAGAGGGAAAGAUGGCAACGCUGGACCUCUAACCUGGAGACAGAGGCUCCGCAUUGCACUGGAGUCCGCACAAGGGCUUGAGUAUCUGCACAAGGCGUGCAGCCCAGCUUUCGUACACAGGGACGUGAAGACGUCGAACAUCCUGCUAAAUGCAAACCUCGAGGCCAAGAUCGCCGAUUUCGGCCUGCUCAAGGCCUUCCGCCGCGAAGACGACACCCAUGUGUCCACAGACAGGGUGGUCGGCACACAUGGCUACCUUGCCCCUGAGUACGCGGCGGCCUUGCAGCUGACGGAGAAGAGCGACGUGUACAGCUUCGGCGUCGUGCUGCUGGAGGUGAUCACGGGGAAGCCGCCGAUCCUGCGGUGUCCGGAGCCCAUCAACAUCGUGCAGUGGGUGCGGCAGCGCCUUGCGCGCGGGAACAUCGAGGACGUGGUGGACGCGGGCCUGCGUGGCGGCUGCUACGACGCCAACGCCGCGUGGAAGGCCGCCGACGUCGCGCUCAAGUGCACCACGCAGGUGCCCGCGCAGCGGCCCACCAUGACCGACGUGGUGGCGCAGCUGCAGGAGUGCCUCGAGCUCGAGGAAGGCCGCUGA